AUGAAACUCCUUUCUGUUGCAGUCUUCGUUGGCUCCAUAGUAAUUGGGGUCAGGAGUAGAGUCAACUAUGAUGGUUAUCGGGUUUUCCGGGUUUCAACUCAUCAUGACGCGGAUGCAAUUCAAGAUCAAAUCAAGACUUUUACAACUAUCCCAUUCAAUCUUGACGUAUCAGAGCAUGUGGAUGUCGCCGUCGCGCCAAAGGACGUGGCAGCAUUUGAGGCACUCAAUCUAGACACCGAGAUCCUCCAUGAAGACCUUGGUGCAGACAUCAUUGACGAAUCUGCAUCUACUUUCAGCACAGAUGACUUUUCGGUAGCUGCUCUGCCGGAUCUAGCUUGGUUCAACUCGUAUCAUCCUUACGCAGAUCACGUCCAGUUCUUUACCUCACUGCAAGCUAACUUUCCAAACAACUCUGAGUUGGUCACAGCUGGUACAUCGUACCAGGGCCGCUCGAUUUUUGGCAUUCAUCUCUGGGGAAGUGGCGGUAAGGGGUCAAAGCCCGCCAUUUACUUCCACGGAACAGUCCAUGCUCGCGAAUGGAUCACCGCUAUGGUCGUUGAAUACAUCACCUACCAGCUCAUUGAUGGUUAUAGCAAAGACGCCGCAGUGAAAGCUCUGGUCGAUAAGUUUGACUUCUACAUCCUGCCAUUUGUCAACCCCGACGACGUGAACCGCAACUGGCCCUACCGCUGGGACGUGCCGGGCGGCGCCUCCACCAACCCCUGCUCGGAGACCUACAAGGGCGCCGCGGCAGGCGACACCCCGGAGAGCAAGGGUCUCGUGGCUUUUACGCAGCAGCUCGCGGCGGACCAGGGGAUCAAGCUCUACAUAGACUGGCACUCGUACGGGCAGUACAUCCUGCUGCCGUACGGAUACAACUGCUCGGCGCGGGCGACCAAUCACGCCAGGCAGCUGACGCUGGCGACGAACACGGCUAGCACCAUCGCGCAGAGGUAUGGCACGAGGUUCACGUAUGGACCGAGCUGCUCGACGUUAUACGCGACGACGGGCGAUAGCGUUGACUAUCUGACCGAUGUGUCGAAAGCUGAGUUUGCUUGGACGAUUGAGCUGCGGCCAACGGGCAGCUCUGGGGGAGGCUUCGUUUUGCCUCCUGCUCAGAUUCUGCCAAGCGCACUGGAGCAGUGGGAUGGGAUCAAGUACCUACUUGCGCAGGUCUAA